GGGGUUCGCAUUAAUAUCGCUCAGCGCCGUCCUUCUGACGUGGGUCACGUGUCCCAGAGCGACGCACGGUAGUGGGCGGGGCUUCACCUCAGAUUGAAGGAGGGUGGUAGUGCGGCUGGAGUGCGGCUCACGGAGACUCGCGCGAGCGCCGCUUGAUUUGUAUGGAUUGUGUUCUGCGACUCUCCUGUCAGCAUGAACGAAUGAGCUUACACAAGAAGUUGAGGGAAAUGGCUUUUGAAUUGACCCAGUCCUGCCAUAUACAGUCAGUCCUCCUCCUCCUCCUCCUGCUUCGUUGAAGGACGUCAGUUGUUUAUGGGAACUACUGGCAUCAGUCUCCUGAGGAUUUAGCUUUCCUUUGGGACGCCUAAACAAAACCACCCCCCCUCCCCCCACAGCGACAUGGCUAACAACUCGUACAGCGGGGUAAAGAACUCCAUAGCGGAGCCCAAUCACGAUGGGGAAUUCGGCUGCUCGCUCAAAGACCUGCGCUCACUCAUGGAACUGCGGGGGGCCGAGGGAUUACAAAAAAUCCAGGAUACUUACGGGGACGUUAACGGACUCUGCAACAGACUGAAAACUUCACCCGUAGAUGGUUUAAGUGGGAACCUUGCUGAUAUCGAAAGCAGAAAAUCAGUGUUUGGACAGAACUUUAUACCUCCGAAAAAGCCAAAAACUUUUCUUCAGUUAGUAUGGGAAGCGUUACAAGACGUAACGUUGAUCAUUCUAGAAGUGGCAGCCAUAAUUUCAUUAGGCCUUUCUUUUUAUAGACCUCCGGAAACAAACGAUCACAAAUGCGGGGAAGGAUCGGGAGGAGUGGAAGACGAGGGCGAGUCCGAGGCAGGAUGGAUCGAAGGAGCAGCCAUCCUCCUUUCUGUAAUCUGCGUGGUGCUAGUGACUGCCUUUAACGACUGGAGUAAAGAGAAGCAGUUCCGUGGCUUACAGAGCCGCAUUGAACAAGAGCAGAAGUUUACAGUGGUGCGCGCCGGGCAAGUCAUUCAGAUCCCCGUGGCAGAGAUCGUAGUCGGGGAUGUCGCACAAAUCAAAUACGGUGACCUCUUACCCGCCGACGGCGUUCUCAUCCAAGGGAACGAUCUUAAAAUCGACGAGAGCUCUCUGACAGGAGAAUCGGACCACGUGAAGAAGCUGAUAGAUAAGGAUCCAAUGCUGCUGUCAGGUACCCAUGUCAUGGAGGGCUCUGGAAAAAUGGUCGUCACCGCCAUCGGAGUCAACUCCCAGACCGGAAUCAUCUUCACGCUGCUCGGGGCAGGAGAGGAGGAAGACGACGACGAAAAAGAAGAGAAGAAGAAAGAAAAAGAGAGGAAGAAGGACAAAAAAAACAAAAAGCAAGAUGGCUCUGUGGAGAACAGAAAGAAAGCUAAAGCCCAGGAUGGAGCUGCAAUGGAAAUGCAACCCCUGAACAGUGACGAAGGGGCAGAUGCCGAGGAGAAGCGCAAAGCCAACUUGCCAAAAAAAGAGAAAUCUGUUCUCCAAGGGAAGCUGACUAAACUAGCAGUCCAAAUCGGCAAAGCAGGUCUGGUGAUGUCUGCCAUCACUGUCCUUAUCCUGGUGGUGCUGUUUAUAGUGAACACCUUUUGGGUGCAAGGCCUUCCAUGGGAGAAGAGCUGCACACCCAUAUACAUCCAGUAUUUCGUCAAGUUUUUCAUCAUCGGCGUGACCGUCCUGGUGGUGGCCGUCCCCGAGGGUCUGCCUCUUGCCGUCACUAUUUCGCUGGCUUACUCUGUCAAAAAAAUGAUGAAGGACAACAAUUUGGUAAGGCAUUUAGAUGCCUGUGAGACCAUGGGCAAUGCUACUGCCAUCUGUUCAGAUAAAACAGGCACUCUAACCAUGAACAGGAUGACCGUGGUGCAGGUUUACAUCGCAGAACAGCACUACAGGAAGGUCCCUGAGCCGGAGGUAAUCCCUGCCAGCACCGUGGACCUGCUCGUUCUGGGCAUCAGUGUCAACAGCGCUUACACCACCAAGAUCAUGCCUCCUGAGAAGGAGGGAGGUCUGGCCCGUCAGGUGGGCAACAAAACCGAAUGUGCCUUGCUCGGCUUUGUGUUGGACCUGAAAAAAGACUACCAAGCAAUCCGCAACGAGAUCCCCGAGGAGAAACUCUAUAAAGUUUACACUUUCAACUCUGUCAGGAAAUCCAUGAGCACCGUGCUGAAGAACGCUGACGGAAGCUUCCGGAUGUUCAGCAAAGGAGCCUCGGAAAUUCUACUCAAGAAAUGUUUUAAGAUCCUUACAGCGAAUGGUGAGACCAGGGUGUUCCGGCCCAGAGACAGAGAUGACAUGGUGAAGAAAGUGAUUGAGCCCAUGGCCUCUGAAGGCCUGAGGACGAUAUGCCUGGCCUACAGAGACUUCCCCGCCUCCGAAGGGGAACCCGACUGGGAAAACGAGGCCGAGAUACUCUCCAGACUCACCUGUGUGUGCGUGGUGGGCAUCGAGGACCCCGUCAGACCGGAAGUCCCGGACGCUAUUAGAAAGUGCCAGCGUGCCGGGAUUACGGUGCGCAUGGUGACCGGGGACAACAUCAACACAGCCCGUGCCAUAGCAACUAAAUGUGGCAUCCUGCAGCCUGGAGAUGAGUUUCUCUGCCUGGAAGGUAAAGAGUUCAACCGGCGGAUACGCAACGAGAAAGGAGAGAUUGAACAGGAGCGAAUUGAUAAAAUAUGGCCGAAACUCCGAGUCCUGGCGAGAUCCUCUCCGACAGACAAGCAUACGUUAGUUAAAGGCAUCAUCGACAGCACUGCCUUAGAACAGAGACAAGUGGUAGCAGUAACAGGAGACGGUACGAACGACGGCCCUGCGUUGAAGAAGGCUGACGUCGGAUUUGCUAUGGGCAUCGCAGGCACAGACGUAGCUAAAGAGGCUUCUGACAUCAUUCUCACCGACGACAACUUCUCCAGCAUCGUCAGGGCGGUCAUGUGGGGCCGCAACGUCUACGACAGCAUCUCCAAAUUCCUGCAGUUCCAGCUCACCGUCAACGUAGUGGCUGUGAUCGUGGCCUUCACCGGAGCUUGUAUCACACAGGAUUCCCCACUGAAAGCAGUACAGAUGUUGUGGGUAAAUCUGAUCAUGGACACCUUUGCCUCACUGGCUCUGGCGACGGAGCCUCCCACGGAGUCUCUGCUGCUGAGGAAGCCGUACGGCCGGAACAAACCGUUAAUCUCCAGAACCAUGAUGAAGAACAUCCUGGGCCAUGCCGUUUACCAGCUCACCGUCAUCUUCACUCUGCUGUUUGCAGGUGAAAGGCUGUUCGACAUAGACAGUGGCCGUAACACCCCUCUCCACGCGCCGCCUUCCGAACACUACACCAUCGUCUUCAACACCUUUGUGUUGAUGCAGCUCUUCAACGAAAUCAAUGCUCGCAAGAUCCACGGCGAAAGGAACGUCUUCGACGGUAUCUUCAACAACCUUAUCUUCUGCUCCAUUGUCUUCGGGACGUUCAUCAUCCAGAUUGUCAUUGUUCAGUUUGGAGGGAAGCCCUUUAGCUGUGUGGGUCUCAACAUCGAGCAGUGGCUCUGGUGCGUUUUCUUAGGCUGUGGCUGUCUGCUCUGGGGUCAGUUGAUCUCCUCGAUCCCGACCAGUCGCCUGAAGUUCCUGAAGACGGCCGGUCACGGAACUCAGAAGGAAGAGAUCCCAGACGAGGAGCUAGAGGACAUGGAGGACCACGACGAGAUCGACCACGCCGAGCGCGAGCUCCGCAGGGGGCAAAUCCUCUGGUUCCGAGGCCUCAACAGGAUCCAGACUCAGAUGGAUGUAGUGAGUGCGUUCCAGAGCGGCACUUCCUUUCAGGGGGCCCUCAGGCGUCACCCCUCGAGCACCAGCCAACAGCACGAUGUAACCAAUGUUUCUAGCCCUACACAUGUAGCGUUUUCUACUGCCACCGCCUCCAACAAAGCUUCUGCCACUGUGGGGUAUCCGAGUAGUGAAUGCAUUCCGCAGCUCCCUGUCCCCCUAUGAGGGGUUGGAGAAGCCUGAGUCACGCAGCUCGAUCCACAACUUUAUGACCCACCCGGAGUUCCGGAUAGAGGACUCAGAGCCCCACAUCCCCCUCAUCGACGACACGGAUGCCGAGGACGACGCCCCUACGAAGAGAAACGCCACCCCCACCCCACCUCCACCUCCCUCCCCAUCGCCCAACCAGAACAAUAACGCCGUGGACAGCGGCGUCCACCUCUUCUUAGACAACAGCAAACCGGCCACACCCUCGGCCCCAGCGAGCCCCAUGCACAGCGUGGAGACGUCCCUCUGAUUGGCUCCGCCCCUCCCUUUCUCCACACUCUGAGCCACGCCCACCUGCCGUCUCUACAGACACCCGUGCGCGCUCAGCGGACUCACGGGCACAGAGCCGUGUGUGAUCUGGGAGCUUGGCUUGAGCUUGACUGAAACAAGAGCGGCGAGCGUUCACCAGAAUGUAGGGUGUGGUUGUGAUUUACCUUUUUUUUUUUUUUUUUUUUUUCUUUCCCCUUUUGUUUUUUCUUUCGUUGUUGUUGACCUUAUUUUAUUCUCUACAUCCUCUCAGAGACGGAAGGACUCUAUUUCCACCUCUGCUUAUAAUAAAUCUUUGUCCUCUUUGUGAAAACGGAGGGCUUGUUAAGAGAUUGAAAGUGACCUGUAUUUAUUAUUAUUAUUAUUAUUAUUAUUAUUAUUAUACUGACAAGACGAUUUGUCUCUCCAUGGCUUGCAGAUGAUUUAGCUGUAAGAUUUCUUUUAUUCCUGAAUGGUGGUGUACAUUUCUUUCUUUGGCCCUAAAUCACCCAGGUUCAUUUCUGCUCUAUUUGGCUAUACAUAUUUUGAAUUAUUUAUGUUUUUUUUUGUUUGUUUGUUUUUGUUUUUUUUGUUGUUGUUGAAAAGGCAGGUCUGUUUACAAAGUUUGUAGAUACUUUUUUUUCUUUCUCUUUCUCGGUGAAGGAGCUUCCUGAUGCAGAAAAAAGGGGACGAAUAAAACAAACAAACAAAAAAAAAAGAGAGAGAGAAUAAUAUUUCAGAUACUGCUGUAUUUUCAGGAAAAAAAGGGUGUUUCUAUGGAAACCAAACUAUUUUUGCCUGCAGGUUUUAUUUGUUAUAUAUUUGUGGAUAUGUAGAGAUCUUCUAGCCAAAUAGAUAACACUAAGGCUUGUAUAGACGUGAAGACAACGGAUGCGUCGAGGUCCAGAAGCUAUAGCACGAGCGAGGACACGGACACGGGCGAGGACCUCUGUCAGGACAUUUCCUUAGGCAUUUACUACUGCGUUUCUUCAGUUUUAAAGCUACUUUAUCGUGCUUAGGGACUACAUUGUGCUCCCAGUUCAUCCUUAUUGAAGCGAGAGAGUCGCUGUAAUGGUUUAAACGCUAGGUUUCGAUGACAUCGGCUCGAUCAGAAACGAAAGGUUAAAGCGAGAGAGACAAAUCACCGACAUUCAUCACGUUUGUAAUUGUUAUGUAGGACGUCCACUGGUGACAUUUCUGUCCCUGCCAAUAUGUGAUAUCGAGGCUCAGGUUCUCAGGCUAGGGGGGGAGAAUAAAUAAAUAAAUAAAAUGAAUCGGAUGCAAAAGGAUGUGAAACAUGCAUCAUUGAGUGAAGUUUUUUUUUUUUUUUUAAUAUUUAAAAUUUGCAUUUAACAAAAGAUCACGUGUCCAAUUUUUUUUUUUUUUCACACAACACAACAGAUCGUAUUCUUUCUACAUCUCGUUCCAUCUAUAUUCUAGUCAUUCAGACUGCUGCGUUUGACUCGGCUGUGGAUUGAUUAUAUUUGUCACCUGAAAUACUGGAACUUGCUAAAUGCGGGGAAGAAAUAAAAAAGUGGAUUUUUAAGGGGAAAAAACAACACUCGGACAUUAAGGGGUCUCUGCACAGGGUACGUUUAUUUCAACUCCCUAUGGAAAUUUUGAUACAGACCAUAUAAAUAGAUUUGCUUUGUAUUUUUAUGGGACUUAAAGAUCUUUUGACCUGCUGAAGCAGACUCGAAGGAAUUUUACACAGAAACACGUGUGCAGUAACUCGCUUUUCGAACACGGCUAGCGAAGCGAUUCGGUUCUGCUAGGAAUCUUUCUCAGGGUGGCGAAUAGUACGAACCAGGCUUUAAGAAAACACCUACAGUCAAAUAAUGACGCUUUUUUUACGUUUUAGAUGAGCUCUUUGUUUAUUUUUUGUUUGUUUUGUUGUUGUUGUUGUUUUUUUUGGCCAGGUUUGGGCUUUUUCUCCUGCGGGUCUGUUAAAGAAAAAGGAGAAAAUCCACAGAAGAAUAAGAUGCCCUCAGCACAUUAUUCAGCACAUCCACACUAAGUUUUUCCCCCUAAUUUAUUCUUUUUUUUUGUUGUUGUUCCUUGUGUUUAACGAAUAAAAAAAAAGCAGCUUAAGUUCGCUAUUUAGUGACGAAAUUGUGGAAAGAUUUAAAAUAAAUAAAUCCAUGACUUUAUUCUGUAGCUUCUUCCUGUAACAGGGAUGAAUGUUUUUUUUCCAUCUGUUUUAUGGAUUUGUUAUUAUUAUUAUUUUUUAACUUAACAUUUGGAAAUAAAUAAAAGUACUUCAUGUCUGUUUAUCUGGAGAAAUGUAAAUGGUUAUUGUGAUUUCAAUUUACAUUUGAAACUUGUUGAGUAACAUGUAUGGUUUUUAAGAAUUAAAAGCGAAAACUGGA